CGACCGGGAGCUCGAGCAAUCUGUGAUGGAGGGCUGUGCUAAUCGUCGGUCUUCCCCGACCUGAUGUGGCGGCACGUCAUAGAUGAUCGACUUUGACACGUGAUCCCGCCUCACAACUGUACUGCUCUUCCAGCUCUCUUCGCCACAAUCAUGGAUCACCAUCACCACGACGCGAAUUGCGGACACGAAAGCACGGAGCAUGAUCAUGACCACGACCACGACUCCUCAGAAUCGGGCCCCAAAGAUAACCUGUUCUCGCAGAUCGAGCGCGCCAACGUCGUCGCGCUGAACGCCACCGGCCCCGGCUCCGCCGUCAUCAAACCGUGGCACGAGCGACUAGACGAGGAAAAGUCGAUCUCAUCCGAUGCCGACGACCAGAUCAUCGUUCGCAUCCCGUUCACAGACUCGGUCAAACUGCGCGCCCUCCUGCUGAAGACGGGCCCGGCGGACGAGACGCCGACGAAAGUCCUCCUGUUUGCCAACGACGCGAAUCUGGACUUUGACGACCUGGACGACAAGACGCCUACGCAGGAGUGCCUCGUCGCGCAGGGCCGCGAAGUGGGAGAAUACGCGCUGCGGACCGCCAAGUUUUCUAACCUCUCAUCGAUCUCGCUUCUGUUCCCGGCCUCCCAAGGAGCAGAUGCGACGCGCAUAUACUACAUCGGCUUUCUGGGACAAUGGACUGAGCGUAAACGACAGGCGGUGGUGACGGUGUACGAAGCCCAAGCCAAUCUCGCGGACCACGAAAAGAUCCAGGGGAUGGAUGGGGGGCUCAGCUCGCGCCCGGUUUGAUCAUGUCAUGUUAUGCAAUUGUAUGUUAUGUAUGUCUAGUGUACAUUGAUGUAGUAUGCUGCUCGAGAUAAAAACAAGACCUGAUCAUUAUCACUGCAUGAAGCUCAUGUCGAAAGCUGGGUUCCGGUUAACAUUAACAUUCCCAUAGCCGGGCUGUUGCUGCUGCUGCUGCUGCU